CUGAGCGCGGGGUGGCACGGGGAGCAGGGCGCUCUGCGGCCCACGCUGGCAUCGAGUGAAGCGGAGAGUUGCACUGCCACCUCCGCACCCGUCGACAGCGAGGCAGAGAGCGCCGCCCGGUACGCAGCAACACUUGCACAAUGGGGCUCCAGUGACAAGAGAAGCUGUAAAAGCACUCCCAAAAGGAGCAAAUGGAGUCCCAUCACAUUGCAUAGCUGAGUCUUCAGACCACCAGAAGAUGGAUAGUUUGGGGGAGUAUGAGUACUCCUCCAAAGAUCUCAUUGGCCAUGGUGCCUUUGCAGUUGUGUACAAAGGAAAACUGAAACAGAAUCCAGACUUUGUGGUGGCUAUCAAAAGCAUCACUAAGAAGAAUCUGGCCAAAUCACAAAGUCUGCUGAGCAAGGAGAUCAAGAUUCUGAAAGAGCUAACAGAGCUUAGGCAUGAAAACAUCGUAGCACUGCUCGACUGCAAAGAGACAGCCAACCAUGUACAUCUGGUCAUGGAGUACUGCAACGGAGGCGACCUGGCCGACUAUCUGCACGCCAAGGGAACGCUCAGCGAGGACACGAUCCGGCUGUUCCUGCGGCAGCUGGCCGGCGCCAUGCGCGCCCUGCACGCCAAGGGCAUCAUUCACCGCGACCUGAAGCCGCAGAACAUUCUGCUCUCGCACCACCCGGCGCGCGCCAAGCCGGCGCCGCACGAGAUCAAACUCAAGAUCGCCGACUUCGGGUUCGCGCGCUUCCUGCAGGACGGCGUGAUGGCGGCCACGCUGUGCGGAUCGCCGAUGUACAUGGCCCCCGAGGUCAUCAUGUCUAUCCAGUAUGAUCUCAAAGCUGACCUCUGGAGUUUGGGCACCAUCGUCUUUCAAUGCCUGACCGGCAAGGCGCCGUUCCACGCGAACACGCCGCAGGCACUCAAGCAGUUCUACGAGCGCAAUGUGAACCUCUCACCAAAAAUCCCGCAGGGUACCUCGUCCGACCUGUGCGACCUGCUCACGCGGCUGCUGAAGCGCAACGCGCGCGACCGGCUCGAGUUCGACGAGUUCUUCAACCACCGCUUCCUGCGGCCGCCGGCGGCGACGGGCGGCGGCUCGGCGCCGGUGGGCAUCAGGGCGGCGGCCGGCGGCGUGCCGUGCGACCUGUCGGCCAGCCCGGCGCCCGCUUCGCCGCCGCACUGCUACGGCAGUCCGGCCAGCCCGCGGCCCGGCUCACUGCCGCCGCCGCUGGCGCAGAGCCCGGGCACGGCCGCCGCCGCCGCGCCGGAGGGCUUCGUCAUCGUGUCCAGCGAGAUGACGGAGGAGAUGCCGCAGGCGCGCACCACUCGGGUGUCUUCGACGGGCUCCGAGGGCCGGCCCAUGUCCAGCUCGCCGGGCGGCCAGCACAGCCUGAUGGCCGAACCACAGCCGAGCCCGCGGCGGCGCAGCGGCCGGCUGACGCCGCCGGCGCUGCCGCCCGUCACCGAGGCCGCCGACCUCAGCCUGGUCAACAUGCGCAGCGUCGACAGCUGCGGCAACAUCAGGCACCUGAGCGGGCGGGCCAUGACACUGCCCGAGAUGACGUGCGGCUACCCGCUGCCGUUUCAUCGCUCGCGAACGGACGCCAACCUGCCGUUCCUGCCGCGCCGCGCCGCGGCCGCCGCAGCCGCAGCCGCCGCGGCCGCCGCGGCCGGCGCCAGCUCGCCGCACAACAUGGUCGUGCCGUACCAGAGCGGCCUCGGCAAGGACGCACACACGAGCCCGCCGCGCGCGCCCGACAACAUGGGCUUCCCCGAGUCGCCGCAUAUCACCGCCUUCGGGCCGUCGCCGCCUUCGCUCGAGCCGCCGCUGACGUUCACGGCGCCGGAGCUGCGUGAGGAGACGCUGCUCGAUGAGGUGCAUAACGAGACGCUGACGAAGCUGAACUUCAUCAUGGCCCUCGUGGGCUGCAUCACCGAGCUGGCCGAGAUCAAGGCGACGCCCUUCUCGGCGCUGACAGACUCGGUGCGGGUGGAGACGCCGCCCAGCGACCAGCAGCGCAAGCUGGAGCAGCUGAUGCUGCACGCCAAGGCGCUGCAGCUGCUCUCGUCGGCGCUCUCGCUGGCCAAGGAGCAGCUGCGCGCGCGCAAGCUGCACCCCACGGCGGCCGUGCGCAAAGUGCUGUACCAGAUGAACGACACGUUCCGCCAGUGUCUGCAGACGUGCCAGCAGCUGAACCAGGGCAACGUGGUGGAGAAGUCCGGUCUGGACGUCAUGACGUGCCACCUGCAGGCCGACAAGCUCAUCUACAACCACGCCAUCGAAAUGUGCCAGCACGCGGCGCUGGACGAGCUGUUUGGCAACCCGAACGAGUGCUUCCAUCGCUACCAGACGGCGCACAUCCUGCUGCACGCGCUCUCGCAGCAGACCAAGUGCGACCACGACAAGAAGGCGCUGGAGAGAUACAAGGAUGCCGUGGAGAAGCGGCUCUUCAUCUUGAAGGAGCACGGUAUCAACAUCUACACGGUGGACAGCGCCGCCAACUGAGCGGGCCGGCGAGGCUGCCUCUGCCCUCCUCCUCUCACCUCUGCCGGCCUCGCUCCUGUCGCCGGGCCGCGCGCUCCUCUCCGUCAACGAUUCCUAACCCUGAGUCACUUUAGCCGUAGCCGGGCCGGAGGCGCCCCCGCCACGCUUUUGCGGAUCGGCGCGCGCGCGCGCGCGCGCGCGGCUGGUUUCAUAUCUUCAUACAGAGCGUUCGUCGUGUGGCUGCGCCGCGGUCGGCAGUGAUGGCUCGGACGGCGGAUGGAGUGCGCUUAUCAGUUGGUCUCGGCGCUGCGUCCGCGGCCGGCUGGCCGGCUCUAGUACUGGGUAGGUGUCGUGUCGCCGCGCGGUGUCUCGCUGUAGGUGCGCUUCCCUGUUAGCUGGCCGUGCGCAGCGGCCUCAUCCCUCGCGUGUUUGUGUGCGUGUGUGUGCAUGCCUUGCCGAACCCGGCGCCAGCG